AUGGGCCUGCGCAAACAGCCUCCACCGCGUCUUGAGAACCUUAGCAAGUCGAAUUCACGAUCGAAUGCACGAUCGCCCACUUCCCCUUCAACCAACUCCCCCUCGUCCCACCGUCCGGGCCGUCUUAACCGCUUCCCCUCAGAGGACUCCAUCUACUCUCCCGACCUCAAUACUUCGCCCGCGUUCGAUCUGAUGCCGCUCGAGGAGGCACAGAGGUCGCCGGUGGGCUCUCCGGCCAGCCACCCGCCGAAUUCAUGGCCUGAUCACCCCCGGUCUGACCCCAGCUACCCCGGUCACUACAACCAAUACAAUCAGUAUGAGGGGGCUUCGUACGAUACCAACGCUGGCCACUGGGUUCCACCUGCAUUGAUCGCAGGUCAACACACAGGGGCUUCGGAGAAUGUAUGGCGCUCAAAUGACACCGGGGAUGCCUCAACUGGAGAGCUACCGGUGCAAUUACAAUCCAACAACCCCUUCUUGAAGCCCCGGCCAGCAGAGCAUACCCAGGAUCUAUUGGACCGAAAUGAGUGGGGACGCGAUUCACAGGCGACUUCGAACAGUGAGCCAUUGAGUCAAACCGAGGGGUAUAUCCCAAUGACUGCCCGGUUAUCUCUCUUAGAUGAGCCAGAACAGCAUUCCCCGUGGGCUGAAACACCUCAUACAGAUCAACGCCCUGUGCUUGACGGCCAUCAUCUGGAUAAUAAUUCACCGUGGGGAUCCCAACAAUCCAUCAAAGUUUCAGCUCCACAAGAUAUCUAUGCACAAGGGGAACACUCCAAUCCACAUGCCCCAGCAGUGGUUGUACAGCCAUCUGACCCAUCUUGGGGAGAUGAAUAUGAUCACACGCAUCACACUCAAUCCACGCAUCCUGGCAGGCUUGGAUCAGAUGCCGGAAUCAACACUCCCUCUGUCACCCUCUCUACCGCCACCUCAGCUACAUCGCACGAACUUAUUGACCUUGAGGAUACCGAGGCCCCCAAAAAAUUGGGAUUUGAAACCGGGUCUCAUGCAGCGUCUUCGGUCUACUCAAUAGAAGCUCUCGCCAAAGGAGAAAAACCAUUGGAUAAUGGAUCACACAAUCUUACAUCCAUAACAGCACAGCCAGGGCUUAUAGCGGAAAAGCAACUGCAACCUCAACCGAGCCCGGUCUUAUCUGACGCAGAGGCUGCACGGCAAAAGGAGCAGAGAUCCGAAACCUAUACCAUCCGCCACGUCCGUUGGACAGAUAGCACAGGUGAACUGGUGGAGUCUCCGAUCCUUGUCCAAAAUCAAAACGGUCCAUGCCCAUUGCUGGCUCUCAUCAAUGCAUUGGUGCUGCGGGCGGACCCCAAGGCCCAGCCACCAAUUGUGAGGGCCUUGUCAAUCCGCGAGCAAAUUUCGCUAGGACUCCUGAUAGAGGCAAUGUUUGAGGAGCUGACGACUUGUUUGGGUCCUGAUGAGGAAUUCCCAGAUAUUGAAGCCCUCACGCAAUUCUUGACGAUGCUUCAUACCGGCAUGAAUGUCAACCCACGUUUAACCCUAGAUUCAACUGAUGGAUUUGGCUCUUUCCUUGCAACGAGUGAUCUUCAGCUUUACAGUACAUUUGGUGUACCCUUAAUCCACGGCUGGCUAGCCUCCUGGUCUAGCCCUACUCAUGCCGCAAUGACACGGACUGCCCAAUACCACGAAGACAUCCAGCUUUUACCCUUUCGCAGACAUGACCUUGAGGAGCGGGUCACUCGAGGCGAAACCCUGACGCCCGAGGAAGAGAACGCCAUGGAGGAUAUUCAAAGUAUCCAACGCUUUGUGGAAAUUGAUAAUGCGACACAGUUGAGCCCAUUCGGAUUGACGCAGCUGUCUACCAAACUUGCACCCGGCUCUGUCUCAAUUCUCUUCCGCAAUGAUCAUUUCUCAACACUUUACAAACACCCGCAAUCUCACCAACUUUACACUUUGGUCACCGAUGCUGGCUAUGCAGGUCACGCGGAAGUAGUCUGGGAAUCGUUAGUGGACGUGACAGGAUUCAACACAGAAUACUUUUCUGGCGACUUCCGUCCCGUCGGUGCAGGUCCCUCCGCCUCAUCCGCCCCCGCAGGUCCCCGCGCAUCCAGUGCAGCAGCCAGCCCUGCUCCAGCUGCAGGCGAUACCUCAGGCUCUCCGGAACCUUCCCAAGAGCAAAGCGAUGCGGAUUAUGCAUAUGCGCUCUCGCUUCAGUUCCAGGAAGAGGAGCAACGUGAAAACGACAGAAACCAACCGGUGCCUGAUCGUCGCGCAUCGGCUAGAAACAGUUCUUCUGCUCGACCAACACCUUCGCCCCGCAUGAGCAACGUGCCUAACCGAUCUUCGAGCGUUCUCAACGGGGCUGGGCCUCAGCCUAGUCCUCCACACCGGGAACCUGACCCUGACGAUCCCAACGCGCCCCCUCCUCCUUAUGAACAAGCUGCCGGUGGUCCGCGGUACUCACCCCCCGAUAGAAGAUCUUACGGUGGUGCGGCGAAUCAGUACCCAGGAAAUCGCAACUCGCGCAACCAAUACCCACAACUUCCCCAUCGUUCACGCCCCUCGGUGUCUUCAGGGGCUGAUCGAAUAAACAGAGAUCGGAACAAAGAUUGCAUAAUGAUGUGA